AUGGAUCGACAGCAGAUAUUGGAGUUAAAGAGACAAAGGCUUCAGGAAUUGAAGCAGAAAAGAAGUCUUACAGUUACGCCGACGAGUGAACAUCGUGAUGGAAGUAUAUCACCUCGCCUUCCAUUGACAAAACGACUAGUAGAUGCUUCUACUCAGACUAGCGGUGAGUUUACAGUUGAUAGAAGUUCCAAUGUAAGAAGUCACGAGGAAGCUUCUGAACAAGAUAGAGAUGAAGUGUUGCGUUAUGAAAAGGCAGUACAAACAAUAGAAGUGAUUGACUCUACUCAGUUGGAACCAAAAGUAGACGAAACAACGAAUCAUCAAUUGAUACAUAAGCAAGAAGUCUCAGAAACUGAGCUAAAUGAAUCAAUUGCGGCUUCCAUCAAAUUAUUAAACAAAUUGAAAAUAAAGCAUUCGAUAGAUAUACAAGAUGAUAACGAGAAAACUAGUGGUAUAAACCUAGACAAAGAUUCACAAGGUUGUAUCAAGACAACAUGUCAAUUCCAUGGAGAAACUAGAAGUAUAAGAUAUAUUGACAUAUCUCCAUUUGAUUGCAACAUGGUUCUCAUUGCAUAUACCUCUACACCACAAUCUUCAUUUAAUGCAAUUGUGUAUAAUAUUGAUUCAAAACUGGUAUUUGCUGAAUUCUUCUUGUCGUCAAUCUCUUCUGAGAUUAACAUUAUUAAAUUUGAUAAAUAUAAUCAAAAUAGAAUUAUUGGAGGGUUAGAUAAUGGUAGUAUUGUUAUUUGGGAAUUGUACACCAAGACAACUCAUACUCAUAAAGCUUCACCUAUCAUAGCACCAACAUUACAAACACCCUUGUUUUCAACAACUUCAUUAGAUGUCAUGAGGAAUUCAAAUAUCAUCCACCAUUCCCAUCAACAGCAACAACACAAUUAUGAACCUCACGUAGAACCAAUUGUAUACUUACAACAACUCAAAAUUGAUGGGAAUGAUUGCAUAGUUUCAAUCUCACGAGAUGGGAUCAUAAACAAUUGGUCAAGUAAUUUAUUAGUCGUACCUCGUGAUACUACAAUCCAAGUAUUUGAGAAUAAUAGAAUUGGGGCAAAUAUUUCCAUUGAACAUGCAUAUGGGAUACGACAAGACGGAUUGGUAAGUGGUAGUUCAUAUAUACAGAAUUUAUUAUUGGGAGGUAAUAAUGGUAAGAUAUACCGUGCAUCUAAUGACAAGGAUGGGCAAUUUGUACCUGUUUGUCAAACAACUGUCGGAGCCGGUGGUAUGGGUACUGUUAUUACCUCAUUUGCAUAUUUCGAAAAUCAUCAAAAUUCAUAUAUAAUAUCUUCCCAUCUCGAUUGGAACCUUCGAUUAUGGCAGAUGAAUUCGUCCGAAGAGGAGCAUGAAUUAAGGAAAAUCCCAGUGGCAUACAUUGUCAAGAGUUUGUUAGUUAGACCGAACAGGAGACAUCAAUUUGUUACUAUGGGAUAUCUUUCCAUUGAUGAUAGGGAUUCUAAAACAAUAAUUGAUCUAUGGGAUUUGGAAAGAAAAGCGAAUACGCCGAUCUUGAAUAUUACAAGAGAUUUACUUAGAGUUAAUUGCAUUUCAUUCUCGCCAGAUGGCAAUGAGUUAUAUGUAGGUAAACUUGAUGGAAGUUUUACUAGAUUAGAAAUUGAUGAUUCCAAGAUCGAUAACGAGAUUGUUGAGAAUGCAUAUGAUAAGGGAAUCGCAUUAUAG